UCUCUCCAUUUUUUCCGCGCCACUGUCCCGACACUCAAUAACUAACGCUUCUUCCUCAAAGUCCUUUUCCCUCCCCGUCCUCCUCCUCGUGUCUUUGCAUUCUCCUCCUCCUCCUCCUCCUCCUCUUCCUCCUUCAUCCUAGGACUGGUGAACACCAUCUCGCCGCUUCGCUUCCCCGCCCUGCAAGAUGGUCAACAUCACAUACGGAGCUCUCAAUGCUCCUUCCGCUUCGGCUAAUGCAGUCGACAAUGCCAUCCAGACGGCUGGAUUGGACAUGAUUGUCACGUACGGCCCUGCUGACGCUCAGAUGGUCGCAGCAUACGCUCCCGGUGACAUGGCCUGGAUCCUGACCUGCACAGCUCUAGUCUUGCUGAUGAUUCCCGGACUGGGCUACCUAUACUCUGGUCUGACAAGGAGAAAGAAUGCUCUCCACAUGCUUCUCCUGACCAUGAUGACCCUCGCCGUCACCUCGUUCCAAUGGUUCUUUUGGGGCUAUUCACUCACCUUUUCUGCCACAGGAGGAGCUUUCCUCGGCAAUCUGCGAAACUUCGGCUUCAUGGGCGUCCUCGAGGCACCAGCUUCGGGAUCCUCGAACAAGCUGCCAGAGAUCAUUUACGCCAUGUACGAGUGCAUGUUUGCCUGCCUCGUACCUGCCAUUGCCAUUGGAGCUGCUUGUGAGAGAGCCCGCGUCUGGCCAUUUGUCAUCUUUACCUUUAUCUGGGCUACGCUCGUCUACGAUCCCAUUGCUCACUGGGUUUGGGCUCCUCAGGGAUGGGCUUACAAGUGGGGCGUUCUGGACUACGCCGGUGGUGGACCAGUCGAAAUCUGCUCUGGUAUCACUGGUCUGACCAUCAGCUACUACCUCGGCAAGCGUCGUGGAUACGGUACGGAGCGUCUGCUCUUCAAGCCCCACAACGUCUCCCACAUCGUGCUGGGCACCGCUUUCCUCUGGUUUGGAUGGCUCGGAUUCAAUGGAGGCUCGUGCUUCAACGCUUCCCUGCGUGCCGGAAUGGCCAUUGCGACGACUAACACCGCUGCAAGUACCGCUGCCAUCACCUGGAUGCUCCUCGAUUACCGUUUGGAGCGCAAGUGGUCCGUCGUUGGUUUCUGCACUGGUGCCAUUGCUGGACUCGUAGCCAUCACCCCGGCAGCAGGAUUUGUGGGCGUGCCAGCUUCCGUGCUCAUCGGCGUUCUCUCGGCUGCCAUUUCCAACUUUGCUACUGGACUCAAGGUUCACAUGAGGUGUGACGACGCCAUGGACGUCUUUGCAGUGCACGCCUUGGCUGGUUACGUGGGUCUCUUCCUCACUGGAAUCUUCGCACAGGCUUCCGUUGCCUACAAUGACGGUUCAUUGGUCAUCGACGGAGGUUGGCUGGACGGCAACUUCAUCCAGCUGCCCUACCAAAUUGCCUGGAUCGUCGCCACGACUGCUUGGACCGCCGGUGUCACCUUUGCCAUUAUGUUUGUCCUGGACCACAUUCCCGGAAUCGGACCCUUCCGACCUACCGAGACGGCCGAGAUCAUUGGUAUGGACGAGGAGCAGCUAGGCGAAUGGGCCUACGACUGGCGUGCCGACGACGACCAGGUCAAGGAGAGUGGAGGAGAUGCACACAUCUACGAGGGACCCGAUGCGAUCAACAUUGGAGGUCCUUCGGGUGGGAAACUCAGCGUGGCUAGACAACUUGAGGCAGAGGGGGACGAUGAAGGGUCGAACAACAGGACACCUACGGAUGACAAUACGCCUGGAAACAACAAGCCCGAAAUCUCCAGCCACGAUGCAGAGAAGAAACUGGAGCAUGCCCCUGCGAAUGACGUCUCGGUCCGACACUAGACAUGGGCGAUGUAGCGGGUGCCGCUCGUGGUGCGCUUGAGGUGCAGCUCACACUGGGGUCUGAGGAGAGACGCUUCUGUGGAGCGCCCAACGAACCAAGCAAAGCCACCCGUGUAUGAAGGAAGCCUCUCCCAAGA